AUGCCUCGCCGUCGCGAAGAGACACCACAUCCUAGACAGGAUGAAAAACGGCGACGAGAUAGUUCUCCAGAACCUUCGACCGCUGAACCUUCAGCUAAGAAAGGCCGUAAAGACAAGGGCAAAAAUCUUAUUAGGGAGCCUCAAGGAUCCCAAAAAAUAUCGCGAACUAUGGUGACACGCAGCGCUCUUCGUCGGCCAUCCCCGCUGUCGCAGGAGGUACCUGAACCUGUCGUACACAAAAGAUGGCCCCGUCAAGAUCCGCCCAUUACCAACGUGAAUGAUAUACCCAAAAGCUGGGAGUGGCACCCGAAUGAGCCUGGCCUUGAUCCAAAUGAUAUCGAUGGCCAUAUUGCCCGAAAUCGUGAGCGUAUCGAAGACGGAAUUUUGCCUGCAGUCUUCGAAAUACGACUGAAACAAUAUGAAGCGAGGAAGAAGCGGAUAGAUGAUAUUAUCGCGUCAGAGCCAGCAGGCCUCGACGAGACUGUGGUGGCUCGACUGAAUACUCUGAAGACUAUGAAGACAAUCCUCGAACGAGAUGGUGAUGAGAGAGAACAGCUUCCCAAUAUCAACGCUCUCAUCAAGGCUUAUAGAGCUGGCAAGCUUUCCUGGUCCUAUGAAGGAAAGUUUCAUAAUAAGUAUGACUCGGGGAAGGGCUUCUGGGUUGAAGGGUUUUCAGGACCAGGGCCUAAACGCCUGAUGGCCCAUAUGUCUAUUCCCCCAAAUCUCAAGGAAAAUAUAUGGCCCAGUCAUACGAUCGUCUUCGAGCUCAGAGCUCCAGGUGUAACUGGAAUAUACUGGAGCAUGGAAUUCUUGGAGGACACCGGAGCAAGUACAAUGAGUAUAUUCGAUACCGACCUGGAUCAAUUGAUCCAAUUCAAUGGAAAUCCAGUACCAGUGCCUAUUUGUCUAGGAGACACAGUGAUUCAAACAGCAAGCGAUAUCCUUGUAGAAAAAGCCGUUAUCGUGGAAGCUAGGGUUACGGCGGGAGAAAUGAGAACUAAAUGGUUUACGCUAGAGGCUAUUAUCAGACAGGCUCCUAAGAAGGGCGAAACGGGCUUUAGACUCAGCGGUUCAUGGUGGAGGGAAGCUCUAUAUACUGCGUCGUUUCCAGACAGUCAGAGAAAUUUAAUUGCUUGCGACAAUUAUUGGGAGUUUCUUAAGUUGGUACCGGAUGUCAACCCGGACGAUGUGAUACCUAUUUCGCCUCCCAAAAAGGGCGAUAAUGUGCCCGGGAAGCCACGGGGGAAUGCGUUCGAUCUAUUCCUCUAG